GUAGACGGGUGGCUUUUUUGAAUUUUUCGAUUCAAGUUCAGUUGAGAACAAGGACUCAUCGAAGAACCAGGAAAAAAAAAAUUGCUUUAACAUAAUUCAAUAAAUAUGGUUUUGCAAGUUACCACUGCCAAUAACGUAAAAGUAUAUACCGUUUCAGGUGGUCUUGGUUCAAGAUCUAUUCCCGAUUGGCUCGUACGUCAAAAGAAGAAGGCCUUAAAGAAGGAUUUCGAUUUCCGUACAAGAGUCGAACUUAUUCAGGAUUUUGAGUUUCCCGAAGCUUCUAAUCGUCUCAAAACAACAAGAGAUGGUAAAUUUGUUGUCGCUACUGGUACUUACAAACCUCAAAUGAGAGUUUUUGAGUUUGCUGACAUGUCAAUGAAGUUUGAGCGUCACACCGAUGCCGAGACUCUUAAUUUCGAGAUUUUAUCCGAUGACUGGACUAAACAAGCACUUUUACAAAACGAUCGUUCCGUCGAACUUCAUUCUCAAGGCGGUAUUCAUUAUCGUACUCGUAUUCCCAAGUUUGGCCGAGAUCUCGCUUACCAUUUUCCUUCUUGUGAUCUCAUGGUUAGUGGAUCUGGUUCCGAAGUUUAUCGUUUGAAUUUAGAUCAAGGACGAUUCUUGAAUUCGAUCCAAACUGAUUCCGAAGAAGGUGUUAACUGCAUUGAGAUUAACCCUGCCCAUCAAUUGUUUGGUAUGGGUACAGCUAAGGGUACAGUGGAAUUAUGGGAUCCUAGAUCCAAAUCUCGUGUAGGUCUUUUAUCUCAAUUAGACGUACCCGCACAAUUUGGUAGAGAUGAUAAUACAGCUUUGGAAGUAUCUGCAUUGAAGUUCCGUGAUGAUGGUCUUACUAUGGGUGUAGGUACCACUACAGGUCAUACAUUAUUAUACGAUUUACGUUCUACUGUUCCUACUCUUGUUAAAGAUCAUCAAUAUGGUUUCCCUAUCAAGACCAUUCAUUUCCAUAAGGGCUCUCCUGGAGCCAAUGAUUCAGAAACUGGUGGUGAUAAGGUUAUCGUUGCAGAUUGUAAGAUUGUCAAGAUUUGGGAUCGUGCAAGUGGCAAACAUUUCACAUCCAUUGAACCCGAAACAGAUAUCAAUGACGUGACAACAGUGGAUGAUAGCGGUUUGAUUUUCACCGCCAAUGAAGGUAUCCAAAUGGGUUCUUACUUCAUUCCUCAAUUGGGCCCUGCCCCUCGCUGGGCAUCCUUCUUGGAAAAUCUUACAGAAGAGAUGGAAGAAAACCCCAACCGCGAUAUCUACGACGAAUACAAAUUUAUCACUCGCAAAGAACUUACAGCACUUGGUUUGGAACAUCUUAUGGGUACCAAUGUACUCAAGGCUUAUAUGCAUGGUUUCUUUGUCGAUUUACGUUUGUAUGAAAAGGCUAGAUUGAUUGCCAAUCCUUUCGCCUAUGAUGAAUACCGUGAUCGUGCUGUCAAGGAUAAGAUUGAGAAGGAACGUGGUUCUCGUAUCCGUGCUGUUAAACAAUUGCCUAGUGUCAACAAGGCACUUGCUAAACAACUUAUGGCCGAGAAAUCCAGUGGUGCUAAGAAGGGUGAUGUUAUGGGCGACAACCGUUUCGCCGAUCUCUUUGAAGAUCCCGACUUCCAAGUUGAUGAAAGAUCAAAGGAAUUCCAAUUGUUACAUCCUUCAGUCAAGCAUAAAAAUCAUCGUGAUGACGAAGACGAGUCUGAAGAAGAGAUUGUACAAGAAGCUACACCAAUGGAUGAAGAUAUGGGCAGUGGAUCGGAAAGUGAAGACGAUAUUGUUACAAAGAUUCGUAAGGGUAGAGGAUUAGAAGUACGUGAUAGAAAGCAAACGUCAACAUCUAUUCGUACUGGAGGACAAAAGAAGCGUGGGCCUGAGAUGCGUAUGGGCACAGCUGGUGGUAGAAUGACUGGUAAGAGUGAUACUAAGAAAUCAUUCGGAUCAAGAUUAGAAACGCAAGACAGCCGUCGUAAGAAUGAGGGCCAUAAGAUGUCUCGUACUGCUAUGGGUGGUAUGGAAAUGUCUUUCACACCUCAAUCUGGAAAAAGUAAAAACAAGAAAGAUCAAGGUGGCGAUAACAAGGACAAGUACAAGAAUAAGCGUCGUGCAUAAUUUUGUUCUCAAUUUAUUAUUUUUAUUUUCAAUUAUUCAUUUCCCAUUUUUCACCUAGACUUACCCUUUUCAACACCCACACACACACACACACACACACUUUCUCGCCGUUUUUUCUUCAAUUAUAUCAUUUCCCUGUAUUAUUUUUUUAUAACAUUUUCUUUUUUUUUUUUUUAACUUUUUGAAUAUAAACCGUGACUUGCUUGUACAUUUUUUUUUUAAACUUUUUCUCUCUUUUGCUAAUAUGAAUUUUCAAGAACAGGUAC